CGUCGACUUCUUAUUCGCCAAACCCACUUUCGAUACCUGGCAAAUUAUGGACAUCAUCGGUCACACGUCAGAGUGACCAGUCCACUAAUCUCUCCAUCAUGGAUUCGCUCCCUGGCGUCCAACAACGACCUCCACUGGAUCGUCGUCAUCCAUUCCGUUCAUUGACGAGAUCGUAUUCAACUGCAUACGCUACAGAGUCGAUCACCUACCCAUCUAGCUGGAAAGCCUAUUCCGACGUCGAAAUCAAAAGAAUCGAGUUGGCUUCAUCGAACGACAGACUGUACAUAACAUGGAACGAUAACAAUAGUACGACGUCGUCAUCUUCCUCAUCACCAUCAUUGUCAUCAUCGUCAUCGUUUCCACUGAUAUGGCUUAGAGACAACUGUCGAUGUCCGGAGUGUUUUAAUGCUACAACGUUGAGUCGCAUCGCCCCUUUUAGAAAUAUAAAUGACAAUAGCAUCAAACCCAACGCGGUCUCGUUGUACGACGAUCUAAAAUCUGUUAGCAUCAACUGGUCAGACGGUCACGUGAGCCAUUAUCCGGCAAGGUGGUUACGAUGUAACGCCUUCUCCGAGUCUGAACCGGACCCGCUAGCCGAUAUCCAACUCCAACUGUGGGACGCUUCGACGUGCCGUGAUCGUAUGCAAAAAUUCGACUUCAAUGACCUCCUGUCCGAUGACCGUGCAUUGUAUGACAUGUUGCUUGAAGUGAAGGUGCUCGGUAUAGCGUUGAUUGAGAAUACACCCCUCAGAUUGGGACAGCUUCACAGGCUAGGUGACAGAGUGGGCUUCCUUAAUUUACCUAGCACUUACGGUGAAACAUUCCAGGUCCAAGGUAAAGUAGGCGCCAGCAAUGCAGCGUACCUCGCCACGGAUCUACCGCUACACACAGACCUUCCCUACUACAACAAUCAACCUGGGGUUGAGAUGCUUCACUGCAUACAGCAAGCCGAUCUUGAAGGGGGUGAGAACAACCUGGUUGAUGGGUUCAAUGUCGCCGAAGACAUCAGGAAGUCCUCGCCCGAUUCGUACGAUGUCCUCACGAAACAAAUCCUGGAGUUUUACGAUACUGGUACAGACAGCGUAGGGGAGUUCUUCCAGCACUCCCGACAUUCUGUUCUCCGAUUGAAUGGGAAAAAUGAAAUAGACCAAGUAACAUUCAGCGAUCACGGACGGAGCGCAAUGACCCGGAUGCAAGUUGAUGACGUCAUCAAGACAUACAAAGCCCUGUCGUUUUUCACCGCCCGACUUUAUGCCCCUGGAAACGUCUUCGAAUACACGAUGAAAGAUGGGGAAAUGUUGAUCAUGGAUAACUACCGGGUUCUUCACGACCGAAAAUCGUUCACCAUGAAUCCAGGUUCAGCUAGACAUCUUGAGGGAGGCUACUUUAACUGGGAUACGGUCAUGUCUAAACUUCGGGUACUCAAGAAGAAUCUAGAUGCAAUGUAGUAUAGAUCGACGACAUCGAGCCGCCAUCCUAGAGGCUGAAGAAACUACCUCGCAUGCGUUGGUGAUCUGCAAGCAGAUCUGAAGAGCUGAUCUGCAUCUCUAACAACUCUGUUUACGCGUUUUCCUAUAUCCUCUGAAGGAGGGCGCUAUUAGAUCAUGACGUCACAUAAGGUCGAUAUCCAGAUGGCUCCAGGAACAGAAUGAUAAUGUUAUCAAACAUAAAAUUUUACGAAUCCCACCAAGGCCUAUAGCGUCCUUUGGCAAGAUGUCAAUCCACAC